UCAAAACUUGAGAAUUCUGCAUGUCAUUCGUCAGACGCCUUUUAUUACGAUAUAAGAUACCUGUAUAAUUUUGUUUACAGCUAUUAGUCUUGCUUUUCUUUAUUUAAAAUGUUGAGUGUUAACAGUAACUUCCCUGAAUAUGCAGUCCCUGGAGCUAAACAGGUGAGGUUCGAGCCGUACGCAGAUAACGGUGGCAGCGUCGUAGCCAUCGCCGGUGAGGAUUACGCUGUUAUUGGUGCGGAUACACGCCUGAGCACCGGCUUCUCCAUUUAUACCAGGGAACAGAAGAAGCUGUUUAAACUCUCCGAGCGCACAGUGCUCGGCGCUACGGGAUGCUGGUGCGACACGCUCACACUGACGCGGCUGUUGCAAGCGCGGAUGCAGAUGUACGAACAUGAACACAACAAAGCCAUGACGACACCUGCAGUGGCGCAAAUGCUCUCCACAAUGUUGUACUACAAGCGAUUUUUCCCAUAUUAUGUAUCAAAUAUUCUGGCCGGUUUAGAUGCAGAUGGCAAAGGUUGUAUCUACAGCUAUGAUCCAAUCGGCCAUUGCGAACGCUCAACAUACCGCGCUGGGGGCUCCGCCGGCGCUCAGCUGCAGCCGCUUCUCGACAAUCAAAUAGGGCUAAAGAAUAUGCAAAAUGUGACAGAAGCUCCCGUCCCCAAAGAGAAGGCCCUUGCACUUCUGAAAGAUGUAUUCAUCAGUGCAGCGGAACGAGAUAUUUACACUGGCGAUUGUAUUUACAUUAUAAUCAUAACAGCAAAUGGAAUUCAGGAGGAGAAAUUUGAAUUACGAAAAGAUUAAUAAUAAAAUGUAUCUUAUUAAAACUUG